UUUAACCUUCCGGGGCCUCAGCUUCCUCCUCUGUAAAAUCAGGGGACUGCUAUCCAAGUUCCCUUCUAGCUCUGUAUCUAAGCUAUGGCCCCACGAACGGGGUAGCAGUUGCCCACUCUGAGCGGGAAAGCCUAGCUGCAGCCACGCAGGCAUGAGUUCGCCCGCACAUCAGUCCAGUGCCCCCGGGGGAGAAACAGGGCGCAAUUCGAUUAGGGGGGAGGAGCGUGGGCGUCGGUCAGAUAGAAUAUUGGAGCCUCGAAAGGUUCGGAAGCUGGAAAGUUGCCGGGAGGGGCUGAUGCAUCCGGAACGGGACCGGCCGGGGCCGGAUAGUGAACGCCCGGCACUAAGCUCCGCCCCCGAGCGUGCUAGAUUGAUUAGGGUGGCCUUCGCUAGACCCUCAGUCUGCAUGUCUGCGUGGUAGGGAGAGCACCAUGGCUACUUCCCGGGAGCCUGAAGUCGGUGCGCUCUUGGAAAAGGCCCGGAGGACCUUCCACAAGGAGUUUGGGUCUGCACCCACCCUGGCGGUGUCAGCCCCCGGCCGGGUCAACCUGAUCGGAGAGCACACGGACUACAACGAUGGCCUGGUGCUGCCCAUGGCUCUAGAGCUUGUGACAGUGAUGGUAGGAAUUCCACGGCUGGAUGGCCUCAUCUCUCUUGUGACAACCUCAGAGUAUGCUGAUGAGCCAAGGCGGGUGGAGUUCCCAGUACCCACAGCAGAGCAGCCUCUGGAACCUGGGAUGCCUCGCUGGGCCAACUAUGUGAAGGGGGUGAUACAACAUUACCCAGCAGCUGGUCCCCUCCCUGGCUUCAAUGCAGUGGUGGCCAGCUCAGUGCCUCUGGGGGGUGGACUGUCCAGUUCUGCAUCCUUGGAAGUGGCAACUUAUACCUUCUUGCAGCAGCUUUGCCCAGACUCUGGGGCAGCAGCCACACGUGCCCAGGUGUGUCAGCGGGCAGAGCACAGCUUUGCAGGAGUGCCCUGUGGCAUCAUGGACCAGCUCAUCUCACUGUUUGGGCAGAAGGGCCACGCACUGCUCAUUGAUUGCAGGUCCCUGGAGACAUGCCCGGUGCCCUUGUCAGACCCAGGGGUAGCUGUGCUCAUUACCAACUCCAACGUCCGUCACUCACUUGGUUCCAGUGAGUACCCUAUACGGCGACGUCAGUGUGAAUUGGCUGCCAAGGCACUGGGCAAGAAGAGUUUGCGAGAAGUAGACAUGAAAGAUCUAGAGGCUGGGAAGGAGUUGCUCACUAAGGAGGAAUACCGGCGGGCACGGCACGUUGUGGGUGAGAUUCAGCGCACGGCUGAGGCUGCAGCUGCUCUGAGUGCGAGUAACUACAAAGCUUUUGGCCGACUCAUGGUGGAAAGCCACAACUCUCUCAGGGAUGACUAUGAGGUGAGCUGCCCUGAGCUGGAUCAGCUGGUGAUGCUGGCCCUCUCCGUACCUGGAGUGUAUGGCAGUCGCAUGACGGGAGGGGGCUUUGGUGGCUGUACGGUCACCCUCCUGGAGGCAGAUGCAGCGACCAGAGCCAUGCAGCAUAUCCAGGAACAAUACAAAGGGACUGCUACCUUCUACCUCUCGAAAGCAGCUGAUGGGGCCAAGGUGCAGCCUUUGUGAAGGGUCAUGGUAGACAGAAGUACAAGCUGGACACCUCACACCCGAGAGGACCUUUCCCUGGGUGGGCAAUGGACGAUGAUGGGGGAAGCCAUCUGUGUAUGAGCCACUAAAUUAGAAAUAGAUUUCUACAGCUUU